GGAGAACUUCACGUGGUGAUUUUCCAAAAGCCGUCUGAAUUAGACUUGGACAAAACUUACGUGGUGUAUUUCUCGUUCUUGUUUUUGUUUUCAUAUUAGGGAACAAGUUCGCUCCAAUUAUUGUCAUAACCUGUUAAGAUGGCAAAGAAAGGUGCCAAAAAAACGAUGGUGGUUAGCAAAACUAAGCGAGCCAGCCACAUGAAACACAAGAAAACUUACAAGGCUGGUGCUAGAGUACGUCAACCUGUGGUCAAAACGAAAUUGCGACCCGGGGAUAGAACCCAGCCAAACAACAGCCGCCUGAACCCGCAAAGUAAUAAAAAUGCUACAACCUCUAUUCCAGGUAUCAGUAAGAAAAAGAAAAUGAAUAACACCAAACCAAUUGCGAAAAACCCAGUAGUUAUCCAAGAUGACUUCGAAGCUGAUGAAAUGAUGGAUAUGAUGGAUGAAGAAGAUGUUACUUUCCUAAAGAAUAAUGCAACAAAAAAAGAACAGAAUGGUAAUUUACCAAAGAAAAGAAAAUUAGAAGAAAAAAAGAGUAAUAAUGUUGAAGAAGAGUACAAUGAAGAACUGUUCAAUAAGGAGUUGACAAAGAAAGAAACAAAGCACCUUUUGCCAAUUAAAACUAAGCAGGGUAUUGUAGAGCAGUCAAUUGAGGUUGACUACCAAACGUCUGAUGAAGAGGAAGAUCAUGAAGAUGAGGAUGCUGAAAAAGAAGAAGCUCCCAAAAGCAUGGCAGAGAUGUAUGCACAACGCAAACAGAAACUUGAAGAUCUAAAAGCGCUGAUUGGGUCGUCGUCGAGCAAUAUUCUUGAAAACCCGGAUGAACGAAUGGAGCAUAUCAGUGCAGUAUUGAAAUUGUACAAUACACUCACUCCAGACAUUUUCAUCACUGGUUUUAAACUAGUGUCUGCCAGUCUGGUGGAACUUUUCAAAGAUUUGGCACCAGGAUUUGAAAUUAAAUCUACUUCUAAGCCUGGUGAACGACUAAAGAAACUUACCAGAGAAGUCUACGGAAACGAAGCACGUCUCCUUAAGUACUAUCAAAUGUUUCUUAAAAAACUAGAAGAUACACUUGCACCGCUGAAGGAGAUGAAAAAAAAUCCGAAAAAUCUUGAAGAACGUGCCAAGCGAGUUGCGAUUUUUGCGUUAAAAUGCUUAAGUGAUUUGUUAGUGGCUAUGCCACACUUUAAUUUUUCGAAAAAUAUCGUACACGCUUUGAUUCCAUUUACGGCUCACAAGAUGGACGAGGUGCGACUUUUGGUCUGUUCUGCGUUUAAAAAACUCUUCAAAGACGACAAGAAAGGGGAGAUAUCCCUGCACGCUGUUCGACAAGUUAAUCACUUGAUUAAAAAUAAACGACACCACCAGAUUCCACCCGACUGCUUGGACAUCCUUAUUGCAUUGCGAAUCAAAGAUGUAAAUUUAGACAAGGAAAGAGAGGAGGAAAUCAAUCGGUACAAAACUUUGACGAGAAAAGAAAAACUCCUCAUAUUGUCAAAGAACGAGAGGCGUCGAAGAAAGAAGAUUGAACGACUGGAGAAAGAAAUUGUUGUUGCUAGAGCAGAGCAUAGCAAAGGAAGUAAAAGUAAAUACCAGACAGAAACGGUUAAAUUGGUUUUCACCAUUUACUUUCGCAUCCUGAAGAUGGCUCCAAAAUCUGGUCUUAUGGGUGUCGUCUUGCAGGGAUUGGCAAAAUUCGCACAUACAAUUAACGUGGAUUUCUUUACCGACUUGGUGGAAGUUUUCAAUAAUCUCAUCGCCAACGAUCAGCUUGAUUACCGGCAGUGUUUGUACGCGAUUCAAGUAGUACUCAUUAUGCUCUCUGGUCAAGGAGAAGCACUUAACAUCGACCCUCUUCACUUCUAUUCCCACUUGUACAAAGUCCUUUUCAGUCUUACUGCUGGGCCUUCGAAUUCCGAUAUGCCCAUCGCGCUAGACUGUCUCGAAAACAUGCUAAUCAAACGAAGGAAAAAGGUUUCUAUCCACCGCGUUUUAGCAUUCACAAAGCGGGUUGCAACCUUGGCUCUUCAAGUCCAACAUAAUAGCAGUAUAGGUCUGCUCAGUUUGGUCCGCAUCUUAAUGAUGACGCAUAAGCAAACAGAUAUGCUUCUGGAUCUUGACACCUCCUCCGGCAGUGGAACUUUCUUGGCAGAAUUAGAAGAGCCCGAGCACUGUAACGCAGGCAGUACUGCUUUAUGGGAACUGCAUUCACUUGUCAGGCAUUACCAUCCAAUUGUGAACAAAUUUGCGCGACACAUUCUUCUUAAAAAUCCAACAACUGGCAACGGAGCUCUAUCGAUGGAAUUAACACGAAAGACACCACUGGAGUUACAUAAACAAUACGAUCCUUCCCUUCUGGCUUUCCAGCCUGCUGUACCCGGACCGUCAUCUACCCCGAUCAACUUGAAAAAAUUGUGCGCCGAAGAGUUUCAUAAUUCAGAACUAGAGGCUUUAAUCUCUAAAGUCUUACAGACUGACCAUAUGAAACUCUGGGAAAAGGAUAUCGCAUCAGAGCAAUUGGCUUUAGUUAAGAAUGGUGUACAAAAUUGAUUACAGCAAAUUUUGCCUGGUUUUGAUUUGAUCUUAAAUCUUUACCAUGAAAAUAAAUCUUGUUGAAAAAUUUCUAUCUAAA